CUUCCCGGAUCAUUGGAGAUGGGGCCAAUUCUACAGUCCUUCUGGUCUCCGUUUCAGGCAGUGUGGUGCUAGUGGUCAUUCUCAUUGGAGCUUUUGUCAUCAGCAGGAGGCGAAGUAAAUACAGUAAAGCAAAACAGGAGGCAGAUGAAGAGAAGCACUUGAGUCAAGGUGUUAGAACGUAUGUGGAUCCCUUCACAUACGAAGAUCCCAACCAAGCAGUUCGAGAAUUUGCCAAAGAAAUCGACGCAUCCUGCAUUAAGAUUGAAAAAGUCAUAGGAGUUGGUGAAUUCGGCGAAGUAUGCAGUGGGCGUCUAAAAGUGCCUGGCAAGAGAGAGAUCUGUGUGGCCAUCAAGACUUUGAAAGCUGGUUAUACAGACAAACAGAGAAGGGACUUCCUAAGUGAGGCCAGCAUCAUGGGACAGUUUGACCACCCGAACAUCAUUCACUUGGAAGGCGUCGUCACCAAAUGUAAACCAGUAAUGAUCAUAACAGAGUACAUGGAGAAUGGUUCCUUGGACGCAUUCCUCAGGAAGAAUGAUGGCCGAUUUACAGUCAUUCAGCUGGUGGGCAUGCUUCGUGGCAUUGGGUCUGGGAUGAAGUAUUUAUCUGAUAUGAGCUAUGUGCAUCGAGAUCUGGCUGCCAGGAACAUUCUGGUAAACAGCAACUUGGUCUGCAAAGUGUCCGAUUUUGGCAUGUCCCGAGUACUUGAGGAUGACCCUGAAGCAGCUUAUACCACGAGGGGUGGCAAGAUUCCUAUCCGGUGGACUGCGCCAGAAGCAAUUGCCUAUCGUAAAUUCACAUCAGCGAGUGAUGUAUGGAGCUAUGGAAUCGUUAUGUGGGAAGUGAUGUCGUACGGAGAGAGACCCUAUUGGGAUAUGUCCAAUCAAGACGUGAUUAAAGCCAUUGAGGAAGGCUAUCGGCUACCUCCUCCAAUGGACUGCCCCAUUGCACUCCACCAGCUGAUGCUAGACUGCUGGCAGAAGGAGAGAAGCGACAGGCCUAAAUUUGGGCAGAUUGUCAACAUGUUGGACAAACUCAUCCGCAAUCCCAACAGCUUGAAGAGAACGGGGACCGAGAGCUCCAGGCCCAACACUGCCUUGUUGGAUCCAAGCUCUCCUGAGUUCUCUGCCGUAGUAUCAGUGGGCGAUUGGCUCCAGGCCAUUAAAAUGGACCGGUAUAAGGAUAACUUCACAGCUGCUGGUUAUACCACACUAGAGGCGGUGGUACACAUGAACCAGGAUGACCUGGCAAGAAUUGGCAUCACAGCCAUCACGCACCAGAAUAAGAUUUUGAGCAGCUUCCAGGCCAUGCGAACCCAAAUGCAGCAGAUACACGGCCGCAUGGUUCCUGUCUGAGCCAGUACUGAAUAAACUCAAAACUCUUGAAAUUAGUUUACCUCAUCCAUGCACUUUAAUUGAAGAACUGCACUUUUUUUACUUCGUCUCCGCCCUCUGAAAAUAAGGGAAAAAAAAAAAUCUGCAGUGUUGCUUGGUGUACAGAUUGCAGAAACUGGUGCGCCUCACGGAAAUGACAUCUUGUCAUUGGAAUAAGACCUGGAACAAAUUGUUUCUCAGAAGUGCUUCUGUAAAAUACAUGUACCUGUAUAAAUAGAACAUCACCUCUGAGUUCCAAUGCUGUAUUUGCUGCCAGACACUGAGUUUCUCUGAGACACCUUUGCUCCUCUCUCCAUUUGAAAUGACGACUGUAGCAUUUUAUGUGUGGAAUAACUAGCAGCCGUUCCUCUUUCACUGGAAUGAAGACCAUGCCCUGGAACGUUUUUGAAGGACUCCGUUGUGGCUUUUAGGGCUUGGUUCACACCAUGGAAAGAACCUAGGCGAAACCAUGUGGCUCCCUUCGUGCUCUGCGGAAGCGUGGCUCAGCCCGCCUGGUGGACCGCUAUUACUAUGGGGGGCUGGAAAGGAAAGAAACAUGGGUUAUUAAAAACAAAAAAAAACCCAGCACCAGUUCCCCCCUAACUGGACAAAUGAGGCCUAUUUCUUUGGGCCUGAGGUUGUGCCAUAUAAAAUCUUGUUUUGGGACUCUACAAACUUAUUGUAACUACCUUAUGGAUAGUGGGCUGUGACAAUCUUAAAUAGGGAACUUUCUUGUGUCUCCCCAUUAAAGGAGCAACCCCAAAUCUAAAAGGUAAGUUGAAGGAACCAGCAAUGGAUCUUUCUCCAACAGACACUUUUUUGUUUUUAAUUUGACCUGAUUUGAGGUACUGAGCAGUAAGCGUUUUUUCAUCUCUGUUAAAUGUAUCAGAUCAAGGUUAAAAUUCCUCAACAGCCCCAGUGGUUGGCACUACCAGACUCCCUGUUGGGGCUGAAGCCGUUCUCUCCUGCCCCCUCUUACAUGCUUGCAUGUUAUCCAGAAAAAUCUAUCUUGUGUGUUUUCCAGAAAAAUUUGCCUUAUACCUGCUGGUUAUACCUCUUUAGAAGGAGUGCUAUCUGUAAAUAAAAAAACAAUCAACCAG